CUUUUGCUUACGCGGCCCUGACCCGCCCGCAACAACUUCUUAGAAAAGAUCUUCGAUUAAGACAAUACAGAUAAUCCGCUAUGAAGAAUUGGCGUCGCUGCUGAGUACGGCCAGGCGGCAGGUCGUGUCUGUGUGCACUAGUGCGGAGAGCUAAUAAAGCUAUUUUGAAAGUGACCCCCUCGGUAGGCAACGGGGCAGAGCCCAGAGUAGAGAGUGCAGCUGUUUGGAAUCAUGACUGAAGAUGACGGAUACUGUUGUCGUGGAGGGACAAGUCAAAUACAGAGAUGGAAAAAAGUGGAAGAGUAGGUGGGUGGCUCUCCGAAAACCUUCGCCUGUAGCUGACUGCCUGCAGCUACUGGCCUACAAGGACCGGGCAGAUAAGACCAAGGGGCACAGGGAGCGCAGCAGCGUCACGCUGGAGGACAUCUGCGGCCUGGAGCCCAUCGCGUCCUACGAGGGCAUGCCCUACACCCUGGCCAUCCUGUGCCUGUCCCAGCCCGUCAUGCUGGGCUUUGAGAGCCGCGACGCCCUGCUGGCCUGGGACGCCCGCGUCCGCUACAGCCUCGGGGAAGUGCACCGCUUCAGCGUCGGCGUCCAGCCCGGCACCAAGCUGGAGAGCGGCCCGGCGGCCCUGCACCUCUGCAACAACCUGCUGGGCCUGGCGCGGGACCUCCCCCCCGCCAUCGUGGGCCAAUGGAAGCUCUCGGACCUGCGCCGCUACGGGGCCGUCCCCAACGGCUUCGUGUUCGAGGGGGGAACGCGCUGCGGAUACUGGGCCGGAGUGUUCUUCCUGUCCUGCGCUGAGGGGGAGCAGAUCAGCUUCCUGUUCGACUGCAUCGUCCGCGGCAUCUCACCCACCCGUGGCCCGUUCGGCCUGCGCCCCGCCCUGCCAGACCCCAGCGCUGACCCAGCCCACGCGGAGGAGAGGCUGAACCUGGAGGCCCAGGAGCUGGAGAAGCGGCUCAGCCUUCUGUCCCACUGCAGCCGACAGAGCAGCACAGCAGCCUCCACCUGCAGCUACGGCACCUCUGUCGCCGGGGACGACCGGAGCAUCUCCAGCUCCUCCUCCGAGGCCAGCCAAUCGGACACCAGCAUCGGGAGCCGCCUCACCAUGUGGGCGGAGCCUGUGAUGAGCCCCGCCCCGGCGGAGUCCCUGGGCCCGCCCGCGGCCAAGGGCGCGCUCCACGGCGAGGAGAAGCUGUGCGGCGCGGUUGUGGGCGGAGCCAGGCCACAGGGCAAGCCCCCUCGCUCCCGGCAGCUGCAGGAGAUUGGCCGGCAGGGCUCGUCGGACAGCGGCAUCGCCACGGGGAGCCACUCGUCCUACACCGGCAGCUUCUCCUCCUACGCGGGGAGCAUCGACACCUGCCAGGGGGAGGAGUUUGGGUCCCUGCUCAGCCUGCCGCCGAGCCACGCCCCAGACCACGCCCCCUGCACCUGCCCGCUCGCCGAGGGUCCCGGGUCCGAAUACCUGGCCCCCGCCGCCCUCAGGCACCUCUACGACACGCCCAGGACCCUCCUCCUGGGACCGGCCCCAAAGGACCAGGCCUCCCUCCCGUCGCCCCGCCCCCCGGGGGCCGAGGUCACGGGGGGCGGAGACGGGGGCGGGGCCAGCACGGACCCCAUUCCAAAGAGCCCGGACCCCCAGGGCCCAGGCCCAGCUCCGGACUCCCGGACCGGCUCGGUGGCGCCCUCUGCUGACCCCUGCGGGAUCUCCAGGUCCCUGUUUGCGCCCUGUCCCAUCUGUGGAGGAUUUAAGGGGACAGUGCCCACACAUGCAGGAGUCUUAGGCAUGCCAGCAAUACCAGGUGGUGAGGAGGAGGAGCAGCAGUGUCGGUGCGGGCCAGGGAGCGGAGCAGAAGACCUGCGGAACGCGGAGGACAUCGUCCACGGAGAUCCGUCUGCUGCUGCCAACCGUCUCCAUGGAAACGGACCAAGGGAGAUGUCACGGAGGACCAAUGGGAGAGAGCCGCUCCAGAGGAACCUCCUGCAGGGGCAGCAGAACCCUCUGGGCCUGUUCCUGGGGUUCUAUGGACAGCCUCGCACGACCGGAAGCCACGGCAGGAAAAGGGGCGGGUGGAGUGUUUAUGAAACCAUGACGACUGCGUUUCGGUGUGGGCUGCGGGCCGGACCACCCUCCUCCAGGAGGUCCUGGGGCACCCCGGCUGGGCUGGAGGACAGGGGGGUUUCCCCCCAGGGGAACGAGAGCAGGGGAGGGGCAAACUGGCGGGCGCUCUCAGAGACGAAAACAGUGGCCCUGCCCACAGCUGUCCUGCGGGACGUCCCAAACAGUGUCAGCCCUCCUCCCGGGAACGGCCCGCUGCCUCACAGAGGGGACGGGUCCACCCCCCCGAAGACCGGUACGGAGCGGUGCGGCUCCCCCCCUGACCCAGGUCGCGUGUGCCAGGAGGUCAGUGGUCGCUCGGCAACAGAAGAUGACAGGAAACCCAAGAGAAAAGAGGACGGAGGGAAAUCGGGCGUGGCGUACGAAAUCAUGGAAGGAUUCGGCGGGGAAAAGACCCCAGAGACAGAGGAGAGGGGGCGGAGCCUGGAGCUGACGGGCAGUCGUGGGCAGCAGAGGGUCCCGUACGAGGCAGAAGGAGCCACACCGGCAGGCUGCACCGGCACCUCAAAAGUCCACCGGCAAACUUCAGCCACUGAUCCCAAGGGAAGCUACGAACCAAUGGCUUUCACUGCUGACCCGCCAAGGAGAUUCGAACCCUGCGCUGGAGAAUACGGGGGCGUGUUCACGUUCCCGCCGGAGGCCUCGCCAGCAGGGGGCGCCGCUGACAGGACGCGUGGCGACGGGGUGAUCUACGUGAACAUCCCCAUCAGCCCCACCUCCAAAAAGCAGCUCCACUACAUGGAGCUGGAGCUGCAGGAGCCCGGAUCGGGAGUCAGAGGUAACACCGUUCAGCUCCGUAGACAUAGAGGGGGCUCCACCAAGUACGCGCAGAUCGACAUCGCGGCCACGGAAACGGCGCACAGGGUGGGUACCCAGCAUGCACAGGGGCGCGAGGAUCGGCUGCAGGAGCUGGAGCAGAAGAGGAAGGGGGCGCAGCAGUGACCCCGAAACCAUCACCCCACCAGAACACCCCCCAAAAUGAGAGAAGCGUGGCCGUCCCGGAGUCUUCUAAAGACCACGUGCUGUCCGUUCGUCCGUCCGUCUGUCCUGGGGAUGGAGACGCGGUCUCUCCCUGCCAGAAACCGACAUGGCAAUCCAACGAAGCGAUUUCAUCCCUCCGUCCUGGGACGUCUCUGAAGGCCCAUUUCUGCGUUUGGGUGCACUGAGGUUUGACUCUGAAACUGAAGGCAUUAGCACAAGUUUUUUUUUCCCCCCAAGCGAUUUCUGCCUUGCUCCGCCCAUCUCCAGAAAACUCCGCCCACCCAGCUCCGAUUGCUGCCUGGCGACAUCGGCCACCGGGCUCAGCCCAUUGGUUCCAGCGAUGUUUGCUCGUCUCUGUAAAGCCGGGUAGCCAAUCAUGUGACACGAUGUUGCUAUGCUACGUUUGAGGACUCCCCUGCUAGUCUGCCUGCAUUAAAUAGGCCGAGUCACCACCUGACAAUGGCCUCGUCACGCUCACAUGGUGCAUAUAACUCGACUUUCCUUACACCCCAUUUUGCAUCAGGAAUAUAGUUUCACCUACCUUUUUUCUUGCUUUGUUCUACACAGCCAUCGAGUUUUGACACAAUAAGAUUUCAAAACAACUCUUCACUGUAAUUUAUGUAAAUACCUCCGUGUAAUUAGUCUUACAGUGCGCACACACACACACCGCGACUGAAGUCUAAACAUCCGUAGAGCCGUUCGGAACAGAGCAGUAACAGUAGAAAGUAAAUCGAGCGGUUAGCCACAGUAGGAAGUGUUUUAACAGCGUCUGUACGUGAAUGGGCAUUGACACGUCUCGGGCUGAUGGAGUCAGAUGUUACAGUUGAGGGACUGUGUGAGCGGCCAUCUUACGGCAGUUGGCGGUUGGCGGUUGGUCGCUCCCACUGUUCAAAGCCUCCCUUUAAUAGCUCUCGCUUUCCGCCGAUGUCGCUUCGUUGAGGCACUGUUGCAUCAGAAAUAAGGCCGCCGUGGGACUUCAUUAUGCAAAUGCCUUACCACAACAUUUGUAUUUUUACCAGAUAGUCGUUUUCCUUUAUUCAGUGUACAAAACCUAUUUAUAUGUUAUUUAUUUUUUUUCCACUUAGCAUGGGAAUGCUUGUGAUAUGAACUGGGCUGUUAUUAAGAUUAGUUGUGAAUAUUCCGUACGUAGACUUGCUUGGUCAUGGCACCGCAUGUUAAUCCAAUGCAUAAUAUAUAUAUAUAUAUUUCCUUAUCCACAUGCAUGUGGAGAAAAUAACUUUGAUUAGCCACCUCCAGACUUCCUGUAAAUAUCCUGCGUUUGGCUUCAACAUUUGUACAUGUAUAGAAUAAUUUCAAAUGAAAACAGGAAGCAAGCUAUUUUUUUCCAGAAGAAUUAUUUUCUCUGUUCUUUGUACCUCCAAUAAAUAAGACACUGCCA